GGGACCUGUCCGAAUACGGGUGGGGGAAAAAUUAACGCUGCUCUCGCUGCCACGGUUCCAACCGGCGUCUUUUUCCUUUACUCCCCUCAUAUCAUCCGCCCACUGUUAAGAAGAGACCUCACCUCUCAGUCGCUGAGCUGUCAAGCCGGGCAACUCGGUCGUUUUCUAUCAUUUUACUUGUUAGUUUUCAUGUCGCAAGAUCCGAGCGUGUCGGACAGUGUCACGAACUCUAAACGGAAAAUAAACCAGAUGAUUACGGAGACGGAGAUACACGUGCCCGUGGGCUCGCCGGUCAUCAGAAAAUUCCCGAUAUAUGUCGACGAGCACGACGUCGUGGACGGGGCGAUGAAACUGAUUAAAGAGCUGCGGCCGAACUGGGACGUAAACCUUGUGAAGACGAAGCUUUUCACAGACGGAACGACUAACAAGCUGGUGGGCUGCUAUGUGGAGGAUAGUCCGGAGGAUGUGGUGCUGGUGAGGGUCUAUGGCAAUAAGACAGAGCUGAUUGUGGAUCGUGACAAUGAGCUGAAGAGCUUCCAGGUGCUGCACGCUAACGGCUGCGCCCCCCGCCUGUACUGCACCUUCAACAAUGGAAUCUGCUACGAGUUCAUGCAGGGAGACGCCCUCGGCACCCAAGACGUCAGGGACCCCGUGCUGCUCAGACUGAUUGCUACAGAGAUGGCGCGUAUUCAUGCCAUCCACGCCCACAACGGCUGCAUCCCUAAACCCAACCUGUGGAUCAAGAUGCGCAAGUACUUCUCCCUAGUGGCCACCGAGUUCACCGACCAAGCUUCCAAUGCCAGAAUCCGUCAGGAAGUCCCCAGUAAGGAAGUGCUGGAACAGGAAAUGACAUGGAUGAAGGAACACCUGUCCCAGCUGGGCUCUCCAGUGGUCCUCUGUCACAACGACUUGCUCUGCAAGAACAUCAUUCACAACGUAAAGGAAGGCCACGUGCGAUUUAUAGAUUAUGAGUACUCCAGCUACAACUACCAGGCAUUUGACAUUGGGAACCACUUCAAUGAGUUUGCAGGGAUGAGUGAACUGGACUACAGUUUGUAUCCCAGUCGGGAGAUGCAGCUGGAUUGGCUGCAGACCUACCUAAAGGCCUAUAAACUCUUCAGUAAGAAAGGGGAGGAAGUGAGCCAGCGUGAGAUAGAGACACUCUACGUGCAGGUCAACAAGUUUUCUCUGGCGUCACAUUUCUUCUGGGGUUUCUGGGCUCUGAUCCAGGCCAAAUAUUCCUCCAUUGACUUUGACUUCCUUGGUUAUGCUGUGCUGCGCUUCAAUCAGUACUUCAAGACCAAGCCCAUGGUAAUGGCCCUCAAGAUCCCAGAGUGAGGAGAGUAGAGCAGUGGCACUGCCCUGCUCACUGUCCUCUGACCCUGGAAGUAGAAGCACUCUUUCCGGCUUGGUUUAGGUGCGGUGUACCGCAAGUGUGGAUACUAGGGUGAGUUGAGUUUAAGUCAGGCCACAUCUCUCAACCCCACUGACAAAAAGCCAAUACCCUUUUUUUUUUUUUAUUUCUUCCUGACAAACUCGAUCCACCUUGGUGUCUUCACUUCCAGCCGAUCAAGAUUCCAUCAGAAGAUUAGGCACUUUUGUGUUUUGUUUCUUUUUACAGCGUAUUUAUUUCUGUUUCCCUGUUUUUUUAUUUAUUAUAGAAAGCAGUUGCCCAAAUGUGUACAUUUCUUCCCAGCAAAAGCAGCCUAUGACAAAGCAAAUGUACAGUAGAUUCUAUGCAUUUAGGAUUGCUUUGAGACUGCUGUGGGCCUUUGCAGUGCGUGUGCCUGGGAAACAUUUUAAAGGUGGUUUGCAGUGAAGGGACAUUACUGGUAACUGCGUUUGAGCCGAAUAGAAUCUGACCUGUUAACUCGUUGUAAUAACAAAUCUCUGCUGCCUAGAAAAAAGAACCAAAAAUGAGCCGGCAGACCUGAAGUAGUGCUUCUGGGAGUAGGGAGGCCAAGCUGGUCGACUGACCGUGAAUUCUUUUUGUUUUUUUUCGUUUUUGAACGGCGUUCCAGAACAUUCCUGAGACGUUAGGGCCGCAGGGGCCAUUCGCCCUCCACUGUCCGAGGACCAGGCUUUUUCUGCCUUUUAGACUUUUAUGGUAAUUAGUAGCUCUGUUGAAUUUUCCAUUCAUCACAGGUGGUGGAAAAUCCCAGCCGCCCUCACCUUUUGCCCUCGCAUCACCUGGCGAGGGACGUACCGGGUAACUGAAGAGCUUCAUCCGUUUGACGUCCGCAGUGCUUAGCACUCUUGGCACUCUCUUCUAAUAUCUAAGCCCUCCCCAAAAAGUGUCAUCUGCCCAGCAGUUUCCCAAAACAGGAAAAAAGACUCUGAAAUUAUGUAAAGAUGUUGCGUAAGUUGAUUCAGGUCGGCAGAUGUUGAGGCUGCACGUUGGCUCGUCUUUCUCAAGCAUUAAAUUCUAGAUUACUGUUUCUGUGGCAUCGGAGACGAGCGAGGCUCUCAAAUUUGACCCCCCCUUAAACCGAUAUGGCCUGGUGUGAGAAGGUCAUCCAAAUUCUGACUGGUGAGCUGCCUCAGGUUUAAAGUGGUCUUCCUCUGUGGGACCCUCCAGUCAACUUGAAUCUCCACUAAUAUUAGUAAUCAUAACUAACCGUCUCAUUAUAUGGUACUUCUUCGCCUUUAAGUACCUUAUUUUAAUCGUUUUUGUUGAAUUUUUCACUAACCCUGUUUUUUCACGUAUCACUUCAAAGCUGUUCCGCUUCCCCACUGAUUAGAACAUUCCAUUAUGUACUCGCUCCGCAAUUUCGGCUUCAUCAAAGUCAAUUGUUCUGGAGCGAUUCCUAAAACAACAUCAUCUGUGUGAGAUAUCUGUGGUAGUUUGACCGGGAAAUGCACAAAUGUAAUUUAUCCUGAUCAAAUGUAGGCAUGCGUCAAUCAAAUCAAUGUUAAUCCUUGUUUUGCACCCCACCCUCCCUCCCCCAACCUGCAUGUUGGAAGUGGUUUAGAGUCUGUACUGUUUCACACUGCAACCUUUGCUUUAGGCAGUUUCUCCAACCCAAGUGUCCUUCUCACUGGAGGCCAGUUCAAACCCUGAUCCUAAUGUAGUCCAGUGGCAUUCGCAAAGGUAUAUGAAGGCAUUAAAAUUGGUUCUGAAGUCUGUAGGUACGCAUUGAAGGCUCUGGGCUCAAGCUAGCCUCGCACUGCUGCUCAGGUGCACCCAGGCUGACGUAUGUUAAUGGUUGAUGAUGCUAGUUAAUAAUGAAACAGCCAAAGCUCCAGGCAAUAACUGGAACCAGGAGGCCCCUCAAAACACCAUGAAUAAUUUUGUAGCCAGUGAGUCGCUAAUGAUCCCUAACGACCUGAUGGCGUAUCGCAGACAGAGUUUAGUCUGCCUCUCUGGCUUCUUCCUCUUCUCUGUGCUUCUGUUCCAAAAAGCCCAUUUUAAGAAUGAUUUGAAGCUUUACAGUCUGCUUUCUGUGCGGUGGUCCGCAAAACACUGGCUGAGAUAGAAUUUCUCGAGCGAGUUCAGCUUGAGCGCUAGUUCCACAUAAUAAAAACGCAGUGGCAUUGCUUAAGUGUUUCUUGUAGAUGUACAUAUGUGAAUGUGGCCCAUGAAGAUGCAAAACCUCCCAAGGAAGUUACUAAAGGAGUGCUAAGGAAUGCAAAGACGGCAAACUGUGAGUGAAAGCUAACAGGGACCAGUUAGCACGAUUAUAAUGGACACCUUCUAGCUUUCGUUCAUUACUGUCAUCGUUAGAACGUUGGGUGGUUUUUCUGUACUGGGGAAAUCCAGUAGAUCCCAGAGGAACCAGAAAUGAAGGUGUUAUUGGGACACCAAGUUAUGGCUGUUUUAUUAGUUCAUUGGCUUACAGGUCUGCAGCUCAUAAUACAGAAAGUAGGGGUGGGUAAUAUGUCAAACGUGCGUCACAGUACUUACGUAUGAUAUGCAUCACAAUAUUUCAUUUUUCUGAGGUUUGUUAAGUUGGAACAGACAAAAAAGAGCUAUAAAGGGAGAGCAGGCGCACACUAACACAGUGAAAUGUUACAUGGAUAUUUUGUUGUUAAACAGGUUCGAAUGAAACAUGGUUUCAGUUGUUUUCUCGUAUUUCUUUAACAACACCGUUUGUGAAUUUUGACGACAGUUGAACGGAUGUUUAUGGAAGUCCAGAGAGGCCAUGAGGUUGUUAUGAUUUUCUAGAGUGUUAUCUUGAGAUAACAAGUUAAUUAUCAUGUUAUCUUGAGAUAACAAAGUUGUAAUCUUGAAAUAACAAGUUAACUUUCUUGUUUUGAGAAAAUGAGUUCAGUAUCUUCUAUCGGUAUCACAAGACAGCUAACUUGUUAUCUCAAGAUAACAAUUUUGAAAAUUAUAGCAACAGCUCAUGAGGUAGUUAUAAUUUUCUGGAUUGUUAUUUAGAGAUAACCAGUUAAGUAUCUUGUUAUCUCUAGAUAACAAAAUUGUUAUAAUUAAUAUUGUUAAAAUUAACUCAUUAUCUCAAGAUAACAAUUUAGAAAAUUAUAGCAACGGCUCGUGGCCUCUCCUACGGAAGUUCAGAGAGGGCAUGAGGUAGUUGUAAUUUUCUGGAUUAUAAAAUCAUUAUCUUGAAAUAACAAGUUACUUAUCUUAUCUCUAGAUAACAAAAGUUGUUAUCUUAAGAUAAUGAGUUAAUUGUCUUG